UCAACCAAGCAAGCAGUCAAGCUGCUAGAGGUAGCUCCCAGCCACUACAUACAGCAUCCAUCCAGCUAAAGCCUAGCAGCUCACUCGUGCCAUGAACACUCGAGGCAGUGGCAGCAGCAGCGGCGGCGGCAACCCGACCCUCAUGGCCUUCUCCGAGCAUCCAAAGCCGGCGUCGGGCCAGCCGCAGCCGUCCCCGCCGUCGUCGCCGAGCGAGCGGCCGCCAGCGGGGCGCGGCCGCCGGCGCGCGCAAGAGCCCGGGCGGUUCCUGGGCGUGCGUCGCCGGCCGUGGGGCCGGUACGCGGCGGAGAUACGCGACCCGACGACCAAGGAGCGGCAUUGGCUGGGCACGUUCGACACCGCGCAGGAGGCGGCGCUGGCCUACGACCGCGCCGCGCUGUCCAUGAAGGGCGCGCAGGCGCGCACCAACUUCGUGUACACGCACGCCGCUUACAACUACCCCCCGUUCCUGGCGCCGUUCCACGCGCAGCCGUCGUCGUACGCGCACGCGCCGUCGUCCGUGCAGUACGGCGGCGCGGGCGCGCCGCACAUUGGCUCGUACCACCACCACCACCACCACUACCAGGCUUCGGCGGCGGGGUCCGGCGGCGCCUCCUCGUCGUCGGGGGAGUGCUCGGUGCCGGUGGCCGUGGAUCGCGCCGACGGCACGCUGCUGAUGGACCGCAACGGGCACGACUUCCUGUUCGCGAGCGCGGACGACAACUCCGGGUACCUGAGCAGCGUGGUCCCGGAGAGCUGCCUCCGGCCGCGGAGCAGCGCUGCGGCGGUGGAGGACCUGCGUCGGUACUCGGACGCGGACGCCUACGGGAUGGGGAUGGGGCUCCGGGAGGACGUCGACGACCUGGCGCAGAUGGUGGCCGGGUUCUGGGGCGGCUCCGGCGGCGACGCGGACCAGCUGUGCGGCCCGUCCGGCGGCGGGGACAUGGUGGCGUCGUCGCAGGGGUCGGACGGCUACUCGCCCUUCAGCUUCCUCUCCCACUGAUGAUGAGCUGCCGCGCGCGCAUUGCAUUGCUUUGCUCUCAAUUAGUUUGCUUGUGAUGAUGAUCGAUCUUGAUUCCUGGUUGUUUCGAGCGCUCGAUCAGUGAGUGAGUAGUAUAGAUCAGUGUUAACUAGCAUUUAGCCAUCAGCAGCAGUAGUAGAGAAAGACGAUCUAGUGGCUUGGCGCCCUAGUUUGUCGUUCAUCAUGUACUUUUAGGCUCUUCAUUCGAUCAGUCGUCUUCUAGUACUACUACCAGUACGUACGGAGUUUCAUCUUUCAUGCAUGGAUGAUGGACAUUCCU